AUGCUUCCAAAGAAACAGUAUUUAAUCGAACGUCUUGGUGAGUCUCGUUCAAUUGCACUAAGAAGAUUUAUGGCACUGGAGAGACGACUGGAGACUAAUCCUGCGCUUAAGAAAGCUUAUUGUGAAUUCAUUCAUGAAUACUUAGAUCUAGGGCACAUGCGUGAGAUCCCAGUACAGUUAUGUCAAGUAGAGUCAGAUCCAUUCCCAUACUACUUGCCGCACCAUGCUGUUCUGAAACCUGAUAGCAGCACUACCAAACUUCGUGUAGUAUUUGAUGCAUCGUGUGCGACGAUGUCCGGCAUUUCACUCAACGAAGCUUUAAUGCUAGGCCCGGUGGUCCAAGAAGACUUACUCUCAACGGUUCUCCGUUUUCGGAUACAUAAGUACGCCCUAGUAGCGGAUAUAGCUAAGAUGUAUAGAAUGAUCAAUAUGGCUGAGAGCGACCAUCGUCUUCAAAGAAUUUUAUGGAGAGAUUCUUCAUCAGAACCAAUUCGAACAUUCGAACUUUCGACUUCAUCAGCCCCGUAUCUUGCAACCAAAAGCCUCCAGCGUCUAGCAGAGAAUGAAGCCCAACGGUAUCCGAUGGCAUCAAAAAUACUUCUGAAGGAUUUCUAUGUGGAUGAUAUGCUAUCGGGUACGGAUAGCAUAGAAAACGGCAUAAAGUUAUAUGAUGAGUUAAAUCAACUCUUGGAGUCUGCGGGUUUUACUCUCAGGAAAUGGAGCUCCAACAGUUCGGAAAUAUUGGCAGUCAUUCCUGACUCAUUGAAGGACGACCGUACAUCAUUGGAACUAGACUCGACAACGGCGACCAUCAAAACAUUAGGUCUCUCGUGGGAACCUCGAUCGGACAACUUUCGAUUCUCUGUGCCUCAGUGGAAUGAUUCCACUGAGAUCAACAAGCGUAUUAUCUUGUCCGAUUUCGCUCGCCUUUUUGAUCCUCUCAGAUUGGUAGGACCAGUAGUUGUCCAAGCUAAAAUUUUCCUCCAAGAUUUAUGGAAACACAAAUGCUCUUGGAUGGAACCACUUAGCGAAGAGCUUCAGCAUUGGUGGCUGAAAUUUCGUCACAGCUUAGCUGGAUUGUCUACCCUCAAUGUUCCUCGCUGGCUGGCCUUUAACAACGAUACGGUUUCAGUCGAAAUCAACGGUUUUUGUGACGCUUCAGAAAAAGCGUACGGGGCGUGCGUCUAUCUUCGAUAUACGACGGUUGACGGUCAAAAAACGGUUAGGCUAAUCACAGCAAAAUCCAGAGUCGCUCCAUUGGAUGAUGUUCCACGCAAGAGGAAGAAGAUGACCAUUCCUCGAUUGGAAUUGUUAUCCGCACUGGUACUAAGUCAUCUCUACGAGAAGGUGGUUGACAGUCUUCAAGUAUCAGCUCAACCGUAUUUUUGGACGGACUCCACAAUUGUCAAGUGUUGGUUAUCAUCGUCACCAGCCCGUUGGCAAUUGUUUGUGGCGAACAGGGUGUCAGAAAUCCAACAUCUGACCCAAGCAGGUAUUUGGGAUCACAUCGCCGGUUCGGAAAACCCGGCCGACGUCAUAUCACGCGGAAUGACCCCUGAACAGUUAGCAGAACAUCAAAUGUGGUGGUACGGACCAGCAUGGUCACACAAACCACGAAAUGCGUGGCCCAAAACAGCGUUACUGGACACAUCAGACUUGCCGAAUCACCAAACAACCGAACAACGAUGGCGGUAUCACUUUGCACCAGCACCAGAUUGGACCGGAGCCGGAGCUGGAGCCGGAGUUGGAGACCCGGUUGUCGGGCCGAGAAUGCAUUUCUCGCCGAUUUUCAACACCCUCACCGACGACGGCUGCAUGCACAACUGGCUGGUGGCGGAGUCAAUCAUCGUGAAUGAGAUUGAAAAUAAAUUGAUUCCAGAACUUUGA